GAGAGUGAUUCACCAAAAACGAAGGAAACAAGAGGACGAGUCUAUUUCAUUUUCAGGGAAACACAUCACAAUGACCUUCCAGAUGGCAUUAUAGAGUCUUUUUUUUUGUCUUUCACGAUUAGGGUCCCAUUUUUAGUAAGAGAGAAUUUUAUUUUCAAGUCUUAUAAUGGAACUUUAAUUUUUUUUUUUAAAAAUCUUAUUAAAACAAAACCAUAUCCACUAAAGAUAUGGGUGUUCCCAGUAUAUUUUUCUCCUAAUCAUUCUGUACAUUUCUAGUUAGACACUUACUAUUUUUAUUUUCUCUCUAACGAAUAAUUAAAAGAAAAAAAAACACUAAUGAAAUUAUUAGAGAAAUUACUGAAAGUAGUAAUUAACAGUUUUUUUUUGCUGCCUAGUCACAGCGAGUGAGUAGGUGUGUGUAUCUGAUUACUCUCGGCGCGUGGAUUUGGUCGUCUCUUCUGGUCUCUCUCUCUCCUCCAUCUUACAAAAGAUUUUCUUCUUCUUCUUCCUCUUCCUCUUCCUCUUCCUCUUUCUUGAUAGUUAAUUGAUACCAACGCGUAAUCCUAAUCCUUAAAUCUAGACUUGCUCCUUAAUUAAUCUGAAUUUGUUCCGACUUGAUUAUCUCUUUGACUCGCAAUCUGAGUUCUGGCUAAAGAUCUUGACUUGGAGGAGGUGAGGAGGAGAUUCAUUGUUCCGAGUAGAGUGAGAAAAAAGGAGACUUUUUUUAAGAUUGAAGAAGAAAGAUGCGAAUUUUGUGCGAUGCCUGCGAGAACGCAGCCGCUAUCGUCUUUUGCGCCGCCGAUGAAGCUGCCCUUUGUCGCCCCUGCGAUGAAAAAGUUCAUAUGUGCAACAAGCUAGCUAGUCGGCAUGUACGUGUUGGUUUAGCUGAACCAAGCAAUGCGCCGUGCUGUGAUAUAUGCGAAAAUGCACCUGCCUUCUUUUACUGUGAGAUAGACGGUAGUUCCCUUUGCCUGCAAUGUGACAUGGUAGUGCAUGUUGGUGGCAAGAGAACACACGGUCGGUUUCUUUUGCUGAGACAGAGAAUCGAGUUUCCAGGUGAUAAGCCUAAACCAAGCACUACUAGGGACAAUUUGCAGAACCAAAGAGUCUCUACACAUGCAAAUGGUGAAGCUAAUGGCAAGAUGGAUGACGAAAUGAUCGAUUUAAAUGCUAAUCCGCAAAGAGUACAUGAGUCAGCAUCAAACAACAAUGGCAUUGAUGUAAAUAACUCAAACAAUCACGAGCCUGCAGGCAUUGUACCCGUUGGACCCUUUAAACGAGAGUCUGAGAAGUGAUAAGGUGAAAGAGAGAAGACCUUUACUCUGAUACCAAAAAAAUCAGUUUAAGAAGAAGAUUGUAAAAAGUUUUAAGAACUGGACAUCCUUGCUGGGUUUGCUGGUACCUCAGCUUUGUUGUUGAAGAGGGGAAGGUUUAUGUUGUUUGUGCAUUA